AUGGCCAACAGAGGGUACGAUGUCGUAGUCGAUGUCGACACGGAGGGUGACCUUGGCCAUACAGAUCUCCAAGACGAUGACCUAGAAUUUCACUCUUCCAACUUUGAGAAUCCUUCAUCACGCAAAAUCCCUCAAGACAACACCCCAUUUCUCUCAUCCAGUACCACCAACCCAGCCAAUCUGCCCAACGAUCCCUCCCACGUCUCGAGCUCCAGACAGGGGAAACGCUAUCUUUGGUCCCUCUCCUUCUACGCGCAAUUCUUCGACGUCGACACCGCCACUGUCCUCCACCGUUGUCGCAGUGCAUUACUCCCCUUCCUCCCUGGCGCGGCACCAUUCCUCGAUACGCUGGAUGGCACACCCGAUCUCUACGGCCCUGUCUGGAUCGCCACGACCGUGGUCGCGAUACUCUUCUUGACAGGCACGAUAAGUCACAAGCUUGCAUUGGAGGGAAAGAAGCACUUCGAGUAUGACUUCCGACUACUCUCUGGGGCAGCCGGGCUGAUCUAUGGAUACACGUUGUUCGUGCCUGCUGCCAUCUGGGCUGCGUUACGGUGGUUCGGCGCUCAGUCGCUCGAGCUGGUAGAGUGCUGGGCGUUGUACGGGUAUGGCAACCUAUUCUGGAUUGUUGUGGCAUUGCUCAGCUGGAGUCCGUUGAAUUGGCUCAAUUACUUCCUGGUGGCUCUGGGCUAUGCGGUGAGUGUUUUCUUCUUGGUGAAGAAUCUUUACCCUGUCAUUAGUGCUACGGAUAAGAAGACCAGCCAGAUAAUGUUGGUGCUGGUUGUGGUCCUGCAUGCUGGGCUGGCCAUUGCUAUCAAGGUGCUAUUCUUUACUCACAAGAGUCCGGCUAAGAAAGACAACGACGACGAUAAGCGAUUGAUGUGGUGA